AUGAAAUUACAGGAACAGGAUAUUAUUAACAAAGAGGCUACAGCUUGCUCUGUUGAAUCUUUGACUGAUUCUAGCGAGGAUGAUUACAACAAGAUUUCUGUUCCUGACGGUGGUUACGGCUGGGUGGUUGUGUUUUCAUCUUUCGUCUUUAACUUCUGUACAUGGGGUGCCACUUCUGGAUACUCGGUAUAUUUGUCAUAUUAUAUGACCAGUGAUAAAUACGAGACAGGAACAGAUUUGGAUUAUGCUGCUAUCGGUGGCUUGUCGUUUGGGGUUGGUUUAUUUCUUGCACCGCUAUUUAAUUAUUUGCUUAUCAAAAGUUCAGCUAAAAAAGUCCUUUUAUUAGGAAUAGUGGUACAAAAUGUAUCUGUUCUAUUAGCAGCAUUCGCAACAAAGCUUUGGCAAGUUUAUUUAACUCAAGGUGUGGCUAUUUCCUUCGGCUUAGGGGCUAUUUGUUUUCCAAACACUACUAUUGUCGCACCUUGGUUCAGGAAGAAAAGAUCGUUGGCUCUCGGCAUCAGUGCCGGAGGAUCUGGUCUUGGUGGAAUUGUCUUCAAUCUUUCAAUGCAGAAAAUUAUCGAUGGAAAAAAUGUCAGAUGGGCAUUGAUAUCUCAAUGUAUAAUUUGCUCUGUGCUAAGUACCAUCGCUUUGAUAUUGGUUAGAACUAGGAAAGAAGAAGUUGAAAAGCAUUCUGAGGAACCAAGUAGAGUUAUUGAAUGGGGUAUGUUUAAAUACCCAGUAGUGUGGUUACUCAUAGGCUGGGUUUGUUUUACCAUGUUGGGAUACGUCAUACAGUUGUAUUCCUUAUUUUCAUUCACUGUUUCACUAGGUUAUACGUCAAGACAAGGUUCGAUCGUAUCAAGUAUGAUUUGUUUGGGAGCCUUACUUGGGAGGCCAAUGGUAGGAUUUUUAUCUGAUAAGUUUGGUCCGGUGACAACUGCUAUGUUCUGUCAUUUGCUUGUUGGAAUUUUAUGUUAUGCCAUGUGGAUUCCAUGUAGAAAUUAUGCCACAAUCAUAGUAUUUGCCCUUUUUGAAGGUAUGAUGAUGGGUACCAUCUGGCCGUUAUUAACUUCCAUUAUUACGCGUUUGGUGGGCUUAAGAAAACUAGAAUCAGUGUACUCUGUUAUCUGGAUGUUUAUUGGGGCAUGUUCAAUAGUUUCUCCUGUCAUUGGUCUAAAAUUGAAAAAAGAUCACUAUAAGGAAGGAGAAAAUGCUUAUAUAUUCACUGCAGUAUACGCAGGUGCUGCAUAUUUAUGCGCUGCCCUAUCGUUGUGCUUGAUGCGCGGAUUUUUGAUCGCUCGUGACAAGAUAAGCAUGAAAGAAAAAACGGCGUACGAUGAUGGAGAACUGCACUUCAGGCCAGACCUCCGUGACGCACUUCAAGGAACUUUAUGCUGGAAAAACUUGUAUCGUAAAGUUUGA